AUGGAUUUUGGGCAUAGGGGCACCUCGGCUGUUGUUGACGAAGCGCAUUCUGGACGUUCAAUUUUGGAUACAAUGAUGCCACCAGCGUGCAAACCACACCAAACUGUGCAUUUUUCUGCAUGUAAUAUGGAGUCUGGCGACGAUGCAAAGAGAGCUUCUCAAUCUCGACCAUAUUUAUUAAGAAGAGGUGUAACAUCAACAACUGGUGGAUCAUUUAAAAGAAGAAGUUUAAAAUUGCGGAGAGGAACUAAAGAUAUCGACACUGAAUGGAAAAUCCACGAAAGUGUUCGCAGAACGGAUUCGUUACAAUCAAAACGAAAAGUAAGUUCCUUAUCCGAUCGAAGUGACACUUCCGAGCCGGGAAUCCCCGGUGAAGUUAGCGGCGAAGAAUCCCCGGGGAUUUUAAGCGACGAUCAACCCCCAGAAAGUCCCAGUGAAAGUAACGAAACCGAUGAGACAUCGAAAAACAUGCCCUGGAUGAAAGUUAUGGUCCACGUUGCGAAUUCGCUUAAUUUUUAUUGUUUACAUCAAAAUUAUUGCCACCCUUAUUGUUAUAGAAGGGUUAUGAGGGCUUGCUCAAGAUUAAUUAAAGGAGUUAAAAAGGUUUAUGGUGAAGAAUUUGGCGUGUUAGAUGAUAAACACAAAAUGGAUUUUGAAUCAAAAACGCAUAAAAGAAAAAAAGAUAAACAAAGUAGGAAAGUUUCUGAUCAAACGUCAUCAACUAUUUCUCCAAUAAGAAGAAAAGAUAGCAUGGGGAAAAGGGACAAAAUUGAUAAAAACGUUGAAGGAGUUCCAAUGUCGAAGCAGCACCCCCAUAAAGAUUCAACAAGAGAUAUAACCACCGAUAAAGAAGAUAAACCAUCAUCAGAACCAUCAAAAGCAUCCAAAGAACCACCCCCAAUUCUAAAAUACAUCAAAAUGCAAGUAAAGGAUGGUUUUCAUAGUCCUUUAGCGACGUUUUUAAAAGGGGCAGUAAUCGCAACUGACGAUCAAUUCUCGGAUAUGCUUCCCGUCGCGUGGGAAUUACUUUUAGAAUGGAAUCAAGAGGUUGCCGCGUGCGCAGCAUCCAUAUUUAUCUUAGCUGCAGUGAAAUGUUCCGGGCAAGUAAGCGAAAUUAUGCAACAUGGGUUAACACAUCCAGAUCCAACAACCCGGAUAAACGCAGUACUGAGAUUUCAAGUAUUAUGGAAAUUAAGAUAUCAAGUUUGGCCGCGUAUGGAAGAAGGAGCACACGUUUUAUUUAAAGUUCCACCACCUGGAAUUGAAUUUACUUUACCAUCACCGAAAAUAGGUAUUGAAUCUUUGGAUGUUGUUGAUUCACCUUGGGAAUUAUUGGUAAAAACGAAAGUUGAAGAAGUUACUAUUAAUCAGGAAAGACAUAGAUCUUUAGUAACGGCUACAAAAACGCGAAAAAAACAACAAACUGAAUUAAUAAAAAUGGCGCUUCAAGCACAAGAUGAUAAAAAACGCGAAGAAAGAGAAAAAUUUUUAAUAACAACAAUCCCAAUAACAAUCCAAGCGGCUCAUGAACCCAGUUUAUACCACACUAACGAAGAACACGAAGAAGUUACUGAUGAUGAUCAAGAAGGACAAGCAAGAAACACCGGGCAUCAUCUUCAUUCAGCCCACUCUUUAUUCCCUUCUUGUUUAUGUUCUGCUGUUGUUCAAAUUAUUAAUCUCCUCGAUGACGCGGCUGUUUCCCCCGAUGGUUGCGCCGUUUACGAAGUCUCCUACCAAGUAAUUUGGUGUUGUUUAGUCGAAGACAGCGCGUUAUUUUUGAGAUACAUCUUAGAAAGAUUAACUCGCGAAAAACAAGAUCAAAUGUUUAAAAUUUUGCGACAUUUAAUACGAUUUAUUCCAAAACUUCCGCAACAAGCAGCGUUCGCACUUUAUAAUUACAUCAUUGGUUACGUUAUGUUUUAUACGAGGACACCUCACGAGGAUGGUCAAAAAUUAAUUGGAACUGCGUUAUCGUUACUUUGGAUGGUUGUGCAUAGCGUCCAUGGGAUUAUGUUUAAAGAUUUGAAACAAAUUUUGAGAAAAGAACAAUGUGACGCUUCCAUUUUGUUAACAGCUAACGUUCCGUCGGCUAAAAAAAUUAUCGUUCAUGGUCCUCAAGAUCCCGAUGCGGGGGGGAUUCCAUCUCAAUUUCCGAUUCAAGAAGAUACGCAAUUUUUUCAAAUUUUACGUGAAGCUUUAGAUUUUUUUCGGAUUGAUGAAGAUAAGCAUAGAGAAUAUUUUUUGGUGGAUUACAAAACACAUCAAAUUCAAAAUCCUUCAUCGUACGUGCGAGACUAUUACUUUUUUAAACGUUCCCAAUACCCGCAAUUAGAACUGGUCCAUAUGAAACCGGAAGACGCUUUUAAUGCUUUACAAAAACAAGAGUUAAAUUAUAAAUUUGUCGAAAUCGGAAAAGUGCUUUUAACCUGGGCUAUAUUAAAAAACGUUGAUAUGGUAGUUCAAAGAGUAGUUUUUCUACACGAAGAACUCAUGAAAUUACCUUCGUUUCCAAGAAAAGCACUCGAAUCCGAUUUAGAUUUAUAUAAAGGAGGAGAAGUUGGACGAAUGCUUUUGGGUUUAGACGUGAUGCAUAAAUUCAUGUGGAUUCGAUUAAUUGCAAGAAUGUUCGAAGCUAUGGCUGGAAAUUUCGCAUAUUCCGGCGACAUCCACUUAUUUUUAAAUGUAUUAAAUGGGGCGUUUAUUCUCCAUUCGGAGGAUGCGUGCAUUUUACGUUACGUUAUGGCAACUUACAUUAACGCAGCGUUUCAUUUCAAAAACAUUUUUUCAACAAACGGAUAUUUAUUAAUUAUGCCAACUUUAUUAAAAAUUUACUCAAACCACCAAACUAAUAAAUUGGUUACAACUACAGUUGAAUAUGCCGUCAAACAGUUUUAUUUAAUGAAUCGAAAACCGUUUAUCCUUCAAAUGUUUGGAUCCGUUUCCGCUAUGUUGGAUACGGAUGAAGAUGGAACUUAUGGUGAUGCACAUAAGAUUCAAUCGAGUUGUUUAUUUAAUUUAUUGCUUAGCUUGGAAACUCCGUCACCCGAUCCUCUUAAUAUCGCUGAAUUAGUUAAAGAAGAUAAACCAUUAAAAGCGAUCGAUUUUUGUUAUCACGACGAAAACGAAAUGGUGACAAUAUUGGAUUGUAUUUCGUUGUGUGUUAUGGUUGUUUCAUAUUCUUCAGAAAGUAUUAGAGGAUAUCAAAUGCUGAUAAUUUUAGAGGCAAUUUUACCAUGUUACGUUCAACACAUCCAAUUGCCAAGUUAUAACAGAGAGGGUAAAACGGAAAAAGAAAUAAUCCAUCAAUUAGCGGUCGCGAUUAAAACCCUUGUGAAUAAUUGUGAAUCACUUACAAAAAGUUAUAACGGUCCUUAUAGAUCUAGUCCAGAACAUAAAGGUUCUUCCCAAAGAAAUUACAGUCGUGGACCAUAUUCGCCAGGAUUCGAUUUCGAAGACGAAUCCCAUUCGAAAUUUAUGAGCGAACACUCCAGGGCAAAAACAAUGUACGAACACGACGUAGAAGAUUCUGAAGUUCUUAGAGCUGAGUAUCGUAGACCUAGAGAUGUGCUUUUAUCGUUAGUUGGGGAAUUUAUGUGUCGCGCAACGGUUCGAUUACAAGAAUUAAACAGAAAAAAUAAUCAAGAAGGGAAAGUUAUUGAACUUUUAGAUAUUCGCUCGCAUAUAAGAUUAGCCGAUAUAGCUCAUAGCUUAUUAAAAGUAUCACCUUAUGACCCCGAAUCGAUGGGUUGUCGUGGUCUUCAACACUACAUGAGCUAUAUUUUACCCUCAAUCGAGUGGGCAAACGAUGCAAUGAGAGCCGCUUUAGUUACAAUUUUACGCAGAUUAGAUAAAGUGUUUCAAAAAAUUUCGAAAAAGCCUUCAAUCCGAAGAAACACCGAUUGGGACGCAGCCGCGGGGCUUUUAAAAGGAAUUUACGACACAAUGCUUAAAUAUUCUUACAUAAUGCAUUGGCAACACAUCAAACAAUUAAUCAACACGGUUCAAUCAUUAUUAGUUAGCGAUUGUGGCACUGAAGGAAUGUCUUCAGCAACUGCUGCUUUAAUGAAACAAACUCCACCGGCACAUUUUUGUUCAACAGCCGUUCGAUUAAUCGCUUUACAAAUUUUAAAUACAGCCGAUAUGUACAAUUUAGAACAAGUUUGUGGUGGAACGGUUUUUUCAUCACAAGAAAAAACCCAAAAUAUUAUUAUGAACUUAAUUAUUCCUUUAUGUCUUCGAGUUGGUUCGGGAAGAAAAGAUGUUCAACAAAUGAAACAACCCGAUAUAACAUUCGCAUUAACGUUGGUUUUACAUGCGAUUUGUCCCCCAAACACGAAAGCGAUGACUUCGACUGCAACAACGCAAAAAGCUGCAACCGAAAUUCGAACCGGAAGUUUCACCGCAACGUUUACAGGAACUCGCGAUACAAAAACGUCAUCGAUGAUUAACACGUCGCUUUAUCAGGUUGCUUUUUUGGCUUUAAAAAUUAUGGCAGUUUGUUUCGAGGGUGAAUUAAUUACGGAUUGGACGAAAAUUGCGAGAGCCAUGAGGGAUUUAGGGAAACGGAAUGAAGCUGGAUCGUUUUUGUGGGAUUUUUUAGAUUUUGUCGUUACACAUAGGACUCCUUUAUUUAUUUUAAUGCAACCAUUUAUUUUUCAAAAGUUAGCACAACCACCAAUAUCCGAUUUUGAAAGAAAUAUGCACACAAAAAUACGCGAAAAAAUCCGUGGAAUCGGUUUAGCAGCCCCGAAAAGUCGUGGUGCGCAUUUGAUGGAAUUAGCCCAUGAAAUGAAAAUGUUAAAAGAAGAAUUAGAACACAAAUCGAUGGAAAUUAAUAAAAAAGAUCCACAAACUCAAACAACAAUUCAAAUUACAAGCGAGGUGACCACAACAACGAGAAAUCAAAGACCCUCAUUAAUAGAAAUAUUAACCGGGGGUGAUUUAAAGCACAAAAUGAUUCCGGAACAUCAACAAUUGCCGAAUACAAAAGAAUCGUCAUCAAGUACAAGUUAUGGAUCAACCCCGAAUCAAGCAAAUAUUAAUGAAGUCCAAGAAACUCAAACUCAAAAUAGUCCUGUUGUAGGAAAAGGAAUCAUCCCAGAUCAAUGUGAUGAGCAUACUAAAUCCGAUGCGUUUAGUUCGCAACAUAGAACCCAUCAUAAACUACGUUUUGUGCCAUCCGUAGAACUUAGACACUCUUCAGGUGAAACAUCAACGACUCCUUUAAGCCCGGGAAGUCCGGCUGAAGAUAGUUCUGGCGAAAUGCAACCCGGAUCAAAAUCCCGCUUACAAAGAAUAAAACCACAAGGGAGGAAAACAUUUCGAUUAAGAAAAAGUCGAAGAAACAAAAUCGAGAUAUCCCAUAUGAAAUUAGAAUCGGAAGAAUUAACAUCAAAAGAUUCGGAAGGUGACCCAGUACCGAUUUCACAAUCACUUCCAAUUGAUCCACAUCGUUUAAGAAUAUCGAUGCGUGCUAAAACUGAAGGUUCUUGGGAUGAAGAUAGCGCCGUUUCACAAACUUCGAGUACUUCCGGGUAUCGCGAAUCUUAUCCAGUGAUGCAAUUACGAGAUAAUUUGGAGUCAAGCCCAAAAACGUUUCCUCCAUUAGCUUCGCCAGAUUUACAUGAUUUACCAUCAACAAGUAGUACAACAACGAAUAAUUUUUUUCAUACAGAAAAUAGUUCCCCGGAUUGUUCAUUAAAUGAGCAUGCAGGGGAAAAAACCGCUUUGAUUAGAAGUUCUAAUAAUCGGUCACCAUCUCAUUCUCAACAUUCGUUGAUGAUGGUUUUUGAACAACAAGAUGAAACUACUUUAAUUUAAUUUAAUUCAAUUUAGGAGGAAAAUGAAAAAUGGAAGGAAUAUUUAAAAUAUUGAUACCAAAGCUUAAUAUUAAAUGCAGACAACAACAAGAUCUAAUACAUCAAGGGAGUGUAUUGGGAAAUAUUCUUGGCAGACAUGGAACAUGACCUUUAUGGAGGCUAAAAGAAACCUUCUUCGUGGAAUAUGUUAAGAAAUAGGAAAAAAUGAAUAAACGAACAUAUAACAUAACACAGCAAUAAAGUCCCUACAUAAUCAAAGAUCCGCGGUUCAUGAAACCUGUGUAUUCAAACUAUUCGAGCCAAAAUGGCGGUUUGACAGCUUGUCACCAGUUAUUUACAAAAAUAAUGCCGUCCUGUUGCCUUU